AUGGACAUCCUAGAUGCAGGUCCGAGAGACUUUGUCAUACACAGUGCUGCCAACCAACCGUCCGAGGAAUUAUUGCAAGCCACGGCUGUGGGUGAAUUGGUAACCCCCGGAGAAGACCUCGAUGAGGAAGCCAUCCGUCAGCAGGCAGAGAUUGUUGCAGAGGAGAGACUCCUCGCAAGUGCUGCCCAAGCAGAAGUGGUACCAACCAGAACUCCUGACGAACAGGAAGGCGAAGAUUAUUCCAAAUGGCAACGAUUUACUUGUUCAGCCAUUGGAUUCUUGCUUCUAAUUGUAGUGCUUGUGGUGAUAGCAGUGUCAGUGUCCCGGAAGGAAGUCAUCAUUACCCUGGCUCCCUCUCAAGCUCCAACUACUGCAAGUCCUUCUUCAGCUCCUUCCAUGGCACCUUCCUUCUUUACUAAUAACCUUUGUAGAGGAGCACAUCCAGUGCAAAUCAAUGCUGCAGUAAGAGAUUCCACAUUGAGGAACACACAAGAAGAAAGUGUGGCUACGUGCCAAGACAUACGGACCAAUGGUAGAGGUCAGUGGUUUGCCGUGGAAGGAGCUGAUGCUUGGUUACACGUUCAUACCUGUGGCAGUGGUACCAACUAUGAUACUCAACUAUCAGUCUAUGAAGCAGGAGGAGGAACACUCGAUGAUCAUCCUUGUGAUGUCGCAGUCUGUGUUACUGGGAAUGACCAACAUUGUGGUGAUCAGAGCUAUGUGCAUUGGUUUGGACAAGCUGGUUCGCACUACUUCAUUCUGGUUCAUGGAUACCGGCUCUACACUGGGGAUUUUGAGAUGGAAGUAUUGGAAGAAAACAAUGGUGUGUGUGACGGCGCUUUCAACAUCUCGCAGCCUGUGUUUGAUGACAUUGGAAGGGGAAGAUUUCGGAUCCAAAGUUCUAUGGAAGGAGCUAAGCUGGUGGAUUCAGACCAGCUCCCAGAAUGCGAUGACAAUUCACAAAAACCUUCAGGCAUAGGGGUUUGGUACACAAUCGAUGGACAGAAUGACUCACCUACCUAUGACAUAGGGUCUGAAUUGAAUGUUGCUGUUUACAAGGGGUCGUGCAGCAUGCUGAGCUGUGUCCAUGUUGACACUUCCGACGCUUUUGGCGUUUUCAACUUCGACACUUUCAACUUCUUUGAUCGUGAAGAAGGAGUGACAUUUUAUCUUCUGGUCUACGGCAACACUACAGUGACGGAUGCCAGCUUUGAAUUGUCGAUCAUGUAUCAACUGAGGGGUGAUGGUUUGCAAAUAGAUGGCAAUGAAUAUUGUGAAGGUGUGCCAAACAAUCGAAUAUUCACUCUUCAGCCGAACCAGGUUGGUUUCCAAGAUUUUACGCCACCAACAUUUUUUGGGUUGAAUGUUGGUGGUGCGCCCAGCUGCGGUGACCGGGUCUGGCACACAUCAUCUGGUCUGUGGUAUUCGGCUAUUGGUACUGGGAGGGCCAUGACUGUGUCCACCUGCCCAAAUGUUACGGCUGAUGAUAUUGGUCGAGAUGCUUUUCUGGACACACAAAUCUCGGUGUACACAGGCUCUUGUGACAACUUGGUUUGCAUGGAUGGCAAUGACCAGUUCUGUAGAGAUCAAAGUUCUGUGUCAUGGUUUACAGAGCCAGGUGUGGAGUAUCUCGUCCUUGUUCAUGGGUAUGACAACAGGGAUGGCUAUUUCAAUGUUUAUUAUGAGGAUGCAGAGAUCGACAAUUCUCCUACCUGCCAAGAGGCCACCACUAUUUCUGCUGACGGAACUUCAAUUUUGGGUAGUGCAAUUCCAACUGAUGGUGCAAUGUCCAUUGCAUUUUGUGGAUUUGGUGGGGGCGAAGGACAAGAAAGUGUUCCUGGUACCUGGUAUCGAGCAGUGGGUACGGGCAAAACUUGGACAGCAUCAACUUGUUCAUCCUACACAGGCUUCACAGCUUGGGUUUCUGUCUAUGAAGGGGCCGUCUGCGCUUAUCUAGCAUGCCUACCAACCUCAGUUUCAGAGGCUUCGCCAUGCGGCGAUCAAAACGCUGUGACUUGGACCACCAUUUCAAACCAAAUCUAUUAUUUCCUGGUUCAUGGCAAAAAUUCAUCUGUUUCUGGUGAUUUUGUCUUUACACUGGAAGAAACUGCUUCCAAUGACAAGUGUGAAGGCACUAUUGGACCUUUGACUGUGGAUGAUGGUAUAACCACUUUUGGGUCAACUCGAAGCGCCACCUUCAAUGAAAACGUUACCAAUUCUUGUGAUAGUGAAGGGCGGAACACAACAGGUCGCGGCCUCUUUUAUUCCCUGAUUGGGACAGGUGACAACAUCACAGCUACCACCUGCACAGCACACACGAACUUUGACAUGAAUCUCGCAGUUUGCAUUGGAAGCUGUGGUGAUCUACAGUGUGUUCCGGCUCAGUCCAGUGACUGUGGGACAGGCCAAAACAACAGCACUCUGCUUGCUGGAACUUCUGUCACAUGGUCCUCGGAACGAAACGAAGUUUACUACUUGCUAUUACAGGGCGAAGACGAGGAGUUUGGAAAUUUUGGGUUGGAACUGUGGACGUCUGGUUCCGAGGACCAGGACGCGUGA